AUGCCAGAUCCCAAACGAAAUUGUGUGCCGGAGGGAGCAAUUGAACCACCACUCCUACAGAAAGAAACUCUGGUCCCUCUGAAUUCUGUCGACAAGAAUAAACUGAGAGCUGAUGGUCGGAAAUGGAAUGAACUCCGGGCCCUGUACAUGAAGGUUGGUAUAAUAACGAAAGCUCAAGGAUCAGUUUAUAUAGAGAUGGGGAAUACUAAGCUUACCGCCGCAGUAUACGGCCCUAAAGAAAUAUUACGACGAGAAGAGUUCUCUUUGAAGGGAAAGGUAACCUGUGAGUUCAAAUACAUGCCAUUUGCAAGAGCGCACUAUUGUGAGCCCAGGCAAGAUUUCGAAGAGAAAAUGAUCUCAAAAUGCAUCUGUGAAGCAAUGGAAGGAGUAAUACUUCUUGAACGUUUUCCGAAAGCUCAAGUUGAAAUAUCAGUUCAAGUAAUCCAAGAUGAUGGAAGCGCUCUAGCUUUAGCACUUACAGCUGCCUCCGUAGCGCUAAUCAAUGCUAACAUAGAGGUUAAGGAUCUUGUAGUUGGUACGACUCUUCGGUUUUUUGAGAACAGUGAUGUUUUAGUGGACCCCACUGCUGAGGAAGAAUACGGUCCUUUCAGUAAAUACACCGGAGGAGCUGGAUUCCAUCUGGCUGUUUUACCCUCACUCUCUCAGAUAUCUUACUUAAAACAAACUGGAAAAAUUGAACAGACUCAGGCUAAAGAUUGUAUAGAAACUUGCUGGGAAACCUCUUUAAGACUCGCCACAGGAGUCAAGAACUUGUUACAAGGAAGUAUCGAAGAAAAUGUUCAGAGGUGA